AUGGUAUAUCUUUUGAUAUGUUUUUUUAUCUUUCCUGUGGACCCGAUUCACUGUUUGUGGAAUGCUCGUGUCAAAGCCUUCAUUAGCUUGAAUAGCACGCUGCAGUCCAUCGUCGCGCUUGGUUGCGCCCCGAUCACUGUGAGUGGGCUUGAGGCGAAGUUUCUUGCGGAUACCGCCCGUAAGGCCGUCAGCGAGCAGCGGCUGUUGCUGAAGGAAUACACUAAUUGGAUGCCCAAGGCUGAAGCAGAGCCCACGUUACGUGGAGGCGAAUACCCCGUCUUUGCGUGCCGGAAACUUCUUCUCUACCUGAAGGAGAUGUCGGCUCUUGAAGAGUCUGUCCUUGACGCCAUGGUAAAGCUUCACCGCCCACGCGAAAAUUCUCCGAGUGUGCUCGUGUUGGACAUUAUGGAGCUCAUUCGACCCUUUAUGAUCGACGCCGCUAAGAUUGUGCAUCGAUUCUUUCAGAGUGUCAUUGACGCGACCGAGUCCCCGCUCCAGUGGUCCAUGGAGGAUGCCCUGAACACCGCUUGGAAGGCCCAGCUAGCCUGUCGUAGUCUGAAGCGCGUCACUGGGAACAUCCAGCGGAAUUUCUUCGCCGCAUACCAGGAGCUCUCUCCUGAUGAAAAGCAUCAGUUGAAUCCUUAUUGGAGUUCUUCCAGGAUGGUGUCACCCCGGCCGGAGUAUGAAUUCAGUUCGACGAAGUCCUUCGAUGAUGACACCAUUCAGCGAUUUUUGACGCUGAGUUUUCACUUGUCCGCGAAAUCCCUGCUUUUCAAUGAGGAUGUAGCAGCCUUUAACACGAUUGUGACUGUCUUUGACUUAAUCCUACGGGUUAUGGGGAGAAUACUGCCACACAUGAUUGCUAUCCACGAGUUUGAGAGAUCCCGUUUUGUUUAG